AUGGGUUGCUUUGGUGUUUUCUUGUAUUUCCACUGGCUAUCCCGCCUUUUGCAAGACAGUAUAAACCGUGACAGUCUUCAUGGGUUCAGGAUAUCACGGGGUGGCCCACAGAUCUCUCACCUUUUUUUCGCGGACGAUAGCUUGAUUUUCUUUAGAGCAAAUGUUCAAGAGGCGUUGGAGCUCAAGCUGGCCCGCGUUCUUAAGGCUCGUUAUUUUCCGACAACGUCUUUUUUUAAAGCUUCUUUGGGCCACAAUCCUAGCUUUUUGUGGCAUAGUAUAUGGGCGACUCGAAGUCUGGUUAAAGCUGGUGCUUAUUGGAGAAUUGAGAAUGGCAUGUCAGUUUCUAUUUGGUCUCACCCUUGGUUGAAAGAGGCGCCCAACUCAUUGGUUUCUACACCCCCUCCUCCGAAUUGUACUAUUUCUGUUGUUGCAUAUUUUAUGAUCGGCCAUAGAUGGAAUGAGAGUUUAAUAGCUCAGUUGUUCAAUGACAGAGAUAUAAGUUGUAUUUUGAACAUCCCUCUAAGUCUUUCUUCGCACCCAGAUGCGUGGUGCUGGAAGUUUGCUUCCAAGGGUCACUAUUAUGUCAAUAGUGCUUACAGAUUUCUGGUUGCUGGGUUUCGACAUAGGGAAGGUAGUGAGAUAUGGAGUCGUUUUUGGAAGACGAAGGUGCCUCCUAAAGUGCUUAAUUUCUGCUGGCGUGCUUUAGUUAAUGUUGUUCCUUGCCUCUCUUUGCUUCAGUCCAAGAGAGUUCCGGUUGAUUCGAUGUGUCCGUUGUGUCAUGAGGCUCCUGAGACUGUCUUGCAUAUUCUUAUUCAAUGUCCUUUUGCCCGCAGUUGCUGGUUGAGUUCGCCUUUGGGUUGGCCUGCAUUCUCCGCUGCCUCUCUUAGGGAGUGGUUCUCUUUAGCCUUUCUUACUGUUUCUGCGGAGAAUGCUUCCUUUAUUCUAAUGAUAUGUUGGGCUUUGUGGCAUAACAGAAAUAAUGUUGUUUGGAAAGCUCAGGGUCGAACUGCGAGUGGUGUGUUCUUCAUGGCACUGAAUUUUUUGCAGCAAUGGAGGGGCCUGCUCUGA